AUGCAAAUCUUGGUCACACGAAAAGAUGGCGGAAAUCUACUGACUGCGGGCGAUCUCGAUGAGAUCUAUGAAGUGCAGAAGUUUAUCUCUGAGAACGUCACAGCCUCAGAUGGCAUAAAAGAGUUCCACUAUAGUGACGUCUGUGGCGUUUAUUGCGAUGACAGCAACGGCGCUGUUAUUGCGGUCUUGCAGACUGCUAUCGCCGCCUCCGAUGGAUUGUCCUCAACGAGGCUUGACCUACCCGAACGCUGA